AUGGAUGAGAUAUAUGAUAAGUUGGCAGAACGUCUUGUCCCUACAUCAGCAUCAAUGUUUAGCCCCAAUGUUAAACAUUUAGUCGGUUUGGCUGGUCCUCCUGGUGCUGGGAAAAGCACAUUAGCAAAGGAAGUAGUACGUCGUGUAAAUAGGAUAUGGCCUCAGAAAGCUUCUUCUUUCGAUGAUGAGGUUAAUCCGCCGGAUGUCGCUAUAGUACUUCCCAUGGAUGGGUUUCAUUUAUACCGUUCGCAACUCGAUGCAAUGGAGGAUCCCAAAGAAGCCCAUGCGAGAAGAGGAGCUCCAUGGACGUUUGAUCCUGCACUGUUGCUUAACUGUUUGAAGAAGCUUAGAAACGAGGGCUCAGUUUAUGUGCCAUCAUUCGAUCACGGAGUUGGGGAUCCAGUUGAAGAUGAUAUCUUUGUUAGCCUCCAACAUAAAGUGGUAAUUGUAGAAGGAAACUACAUACUGUUAGAAGAAGGAUCUUGGAAAGACAUCUCGGAUAUGUUUGAUGAGAAGUGGUUCAUCGAUGUCAAUCUCGAUACAGCAAUGCAACGUGUUGAAAGCCGGCAUAUCUCAACUGGUAAACCGCCGGAUGUUGCUAAAUGGCGGAUUGAUUAUAACGACCGACCAAACGCGGAGCUGAUAAUGAAGUCGAAGACGAAUGCUGAUGUACUGAUCAGAUCUAUCAAUUUUUGA